GCACUACCGAUUCUGUAGCAGCUACUAGCACAAGGAGAAAUGGAGAAGUCUGUGCCGAACACGAAGAAGGCAAUGCAGGGCAAGGAGGAGAAGCCCGAGGUGCCGGCGAGCGACCCGGACCCGAGCGAGCUCGUGGCGGGGCAGCAGUCGCAGCUGCAGCGCGAGCACCAGCCGGCCAACAUCUCGGAGAUGAAGCCGCUCACGCGGGAGGCGUACGGCGGCGGGAUGUACGCGAACGAGGGGCUGGGGCAGCGGAGGGACCCCACCAAGCCGCCGGCCAGCGCCACGCAGAGCGCCGACGGACCCGAGGAGCCCGCGGGGAGGCCCAGGCACCCUCCACCGCCGUCCACCGGCGACCGCGACCUCGACAUCACCGGCCAGUCUUACAUCCAGUAGCCUGCCUUGUGUCGUGCACGACUGUUGGUUGUGUACGCUAGCUGUGUUUUGCUUCUGUCCGAGACAAGCUGUACGUGCGUGAUGCGUCGCGAUACGAUGUACGCUUCUCUAACUACUAGCGAACGAAUACAACUUCUCGUAAAGCUUCCGUGCACUAAUCAGGCCCAUGAAAUGGUAUGGGCUUGGUCCUUGGCAAAUACUACUUCUCGUUUCGUGAUGGUUGUGCCCCGAGCUUCA